AUGGAGCACAUAUUUAACCAAAAAUCACGAAUCCUUCGUCUCUCUCCAGGCCCAUGCACCGGAACAACUUCGGAGGUAAACGGAAGAAUCCAUUUUCCAGCCAUAUGUAUGCAGGAUGGUCCGGCUGGUUUACGCAAUGUGGACGAUCUUGUAUCAGCUUUCCCAGCUGGAAUUUCAGUAGCCGCAACAUGGAAUCGAAAACUGAUGCGAGCUCGCGGCGUAGCAAUGGGAGAGGAAUGGAGAGCAAAAGGUGCUCACGUAUAUUUGGGUCCGGCGGUUGACGUGACUCGUGAUCCACGUGCUGGAAGAUCAUGGGAAGCUUUUGGAGCAGAUCCGUACUUGAAUGGUGAGGCUGCUUAUGAGACUGUCAAAGGGGUGCAGAGUCAAGGAGUACAGACAUGUGUGAAACAUUUAAUUGGAUAUCAGCAAGAGCAAUAUAGGUUUACAAUGACGUCACAGAUAGAUGAUAAAACGUUGAAAGAAUUGUAUCUCAAACCAUUCCAACGUGCUAUAGACGCUGGAGUAACAUGUGUGAUGUGCUCAUACAACAAGUUCAAUGGGCUCAGCGCUUGCAAAAACCCCACGUUGACAGGAGAUGAAGGUAUAUUAAGAGAAGAACUGGGAUUUCAAGGAUAUGUGGUCAGCGACUGGGGAGCUACGCAUGAUGGUAACUGGAAUGUCAAGCGAGUAAAUGAAACUGCUCUUGCGGGCAUAGACGUUGAGAUGCCUGGAGGGUUCAUGUUAAUUGGGGGUGGAGUAUACGAUAACUUGGAAGAAGCCGUGAAUGAAAAUUAUGUGACAGACGCCACUAUUGACAAGAUGGCUACAAGGUUUAUCUCAGCGUGGUACAAAUUGGGACAAGAUCAGGGGUUUCCACAAAUCUCCUUCAACGUGCAUGAUCAAAGUGCUAAUAUCAACGUCAACGCGCGAAGUAAUAAACACACAAAAUUGAUCAGAAAGAUCGCUUCUGCAUCUGCAGUUCUUCUCAAAAACAGCGAUGACAUACUUCCACUCUCAAUACCAUCCACGAUUGCAUUGAUUGGCUUGGACGCAGGACCAAUAUCUAAUACGGAUUGUGAAAUGAAUGCGUGCAAACUCGGGGGAACCAUUCCUGUCGGAUGGGGUUCGGGGACUAAUUCUUUGAAACAUGUGGUUUCCCCCGCAAUUGCCAUUCAAGAUAUGAUUUGCAAAGAUGAUUUGCCCACAAUUGUCAGCACUUCAUUGACCGACGAUAUUUCUUCUGCAAUUUCGGUUGCCGAGGCCGCCGAAAUAGCCCUAGUCUUUGUAUACACCGGGGAGAUAGGGGCUGGGUUCACACGCGUUGAAGGAAAUCUCGGCGAUCGAAAAAAUUUGAACCUCCUUCAAAAUGGGGAAGAGCUUAUCAAAGCCGUUUCCGCAGUCAAUAACAAAACAAUCGUUGUGAUCCAUUCAGUGGGAAGCGUGGUAAUGGAAACUUGGGUAGACCUACCGGGAGUCAAGGCGAUUAUCAUGGCAGGCCUUCCCGGGGAACAGACCGGCCCAGGAAUUGCGGACGUGCUAUUUGGAAAAGUCAAUCCAUCCGGACGCCUUCCAUAUACAAUUGCCAAGAGCGAAGAUGACUUUGGAGUCAAGGUUUAUCCGGAAGGGUUACUCAAUGGACUCGAACCUAUAGUUGACUAUAAAGAGGGGCUCUUCACAGACUAUAGGCGAUUCAAUCAACUCAACACCACUGUCAGAUAUUGUUUUGGACACGGCCUUUCAUACACAACCUUCCGUUACAGUCAGGUCAAUAAUUCAUGUGCCAUACAAACCUUGAUCGGGUUGACCAAAUCUGAUCAUUUCUUUCAAGUGACCAAUGAUGGCCCAAGGGAUGGUACAGAGGUUGCACAACUCUACCUUACCUUUCCAUCAGGUUUGGGAGAGCCACCUAAACAACUGAGGGGAUUUGAUUCAGUCUUCAUCCCGCGGGGAGAAACUCAAACUAUCUCCUUGGAAUUAAAGACACGGGAUGUUUCUGUAUUCGACACAAACUUGAAUAAAUGGAUCACUCCUGAUCGCGGUUUCAAUGUAUAUGUUGGAAGUUCUUUGCUUGAUAUACAUCUUGAAGGUACUAUAUAA